AUGUCGACACAAGCUGCCCUGAUCGCCGAGACGAUCGUUGGCAUGAAAAAGGCGUUGCGUCGAGAAAACGAGUAUACACCACCCGACGAACCUAUCACCCAACCAACCAACCGGGGAAAUAAGCUGAAGGUGAAUGCGAAGCAUGUUCACGAGGGCGCGCUGGGCUUUUCAAACCCGCAUGAGCUCUACAAAGAGGCAAGUAAAGUCGACCAUGCCGGAUAUACUCGUUACAUCCUACGCCGAAAUCCUCCACGAUAUGACUCAGAAGGCGAGGAAAUAGACGAUGAAGAGACAGAUUCUGAAGCUGAUGCCACUGCGGCGGAGGCGAACCCUUUUUCAGAAAUUAUCCUCGAGGAAAUCCUAUGUCCGCUCAAGCAGGCCUCGGAACUCCCGGACCAUCCUACAAUGUCCCAGCCGUACAGAUCAAAGGCGCUUUCGACAAUGAUUGAAGCUGUGAAGGAAAAACUGCGAAAGGAGCGCGCUCUCCUGGCCAAUUCGCACAAUCUACAUCGACAAUUGCUAGGAGACUCUGUCUGGAUGCCAUGUGGAUAUGUGGAAAAUGAAGAAGACAAGUUCAUUUUUCAGCCACGCCCUGUCCAGACAGAAUGGAAUUCGAGCACCGAUAAGCACCAACAGGCAGACUGGGCACAACAAAACGGGAACAACCAAAUGUCACGGCGAGCUGAAGACGACUCCCCCGCGGAAAACGCACACACGAGUUCGACUACCGAAGAUGGAGCUACGCGAAACGUCGGUAGCGACAUUGAAAUGGCAGAAGCAUCUAAUCCUGAGAACCCACAGGGCCCAGAGGCCAAGGGAUUAAAGACAGAAGACGCCGAGCAGCCGGUUGGCGCUAUUUCAGAGCACAGCGAAAACGGGGAGGUUCGGUCAUGGGCUAAUGACUCGCAGUCGUAUGGAGAACACACAAAUUCUACUCGCACUGGUGACUUUGGUCCGAGAGAGAACGAGAAUAAUGACAACACAACCGCCAAAGAGCCUGCUCAAACUGGUGGAAGCGACGCGGAGGGCGACGUUGAUAUGACAAACGCCGACGAAGCCGAGGAUUCAAAGGGCAGCGAGGAACAAGCUUCAUCGCCCGAACCCCCGAGGCGAAUGACCACGCGCGCGCAGGCAAAUGCAAGCACGACAAACGAAAACGGCACUACCAGCGGAUCACGCUUUUCCUCGCCCGACACAAGCAGUAUGCAGGUCCCAUCUACUCAUGCGCUUUUUGUAGUUUCAAAAGAUAUUCGUCCAGACAAAGAUUUCGGACUUCCUCCCAACGAGGCAGAAGACACCAGACGCUUACUUUGGUCGUAUAUCCAAAAGCAAGAAGAAACCGUUCGCGGGUUCACCUACAUGCUCAACUCUCUUCUCCGAGCACAGCAACUCAAAGACGAUGUGUUUGAAUGGUGCAAGGCAGAAGGCCAUGUCGGCGAGCUCAGUGAUGGCGAAGAUUGGUAUGACCCGGAGAAAUGGGGUCUCGCCGAGGGAGAAGAUUUGAAAAAGGGGGCCGACGAAGAAGAUGCCGAUAAUGCUGUUGACGAAACACGGACAACUGCGAAGAGGGGACGAGGGAGACGCCAAUAA